GUUUUGUUCAGUCAUAGCUAAAAAUAAAUUAUGUGGGCUUAAAAAAGAUGACCUGGCCCAUAUUAACAUCCCGAGAAGGAGAAUGUUCGACGAAUGCUUAACGGCACAAUGCAGACCGGAGAUUGCUUCCGAUGCCGUCAGGCUGGCCACUGGAUCAACGAUUGUCCUCUCAAAUCCUACACCGAUGAUCCUCCACCGGCGAUCCAAUGCCCAUGCGGCGGAGGUUUCUGUGAAAUCAAGGUCGCGAAUACUCGAGAAAAUCCCGGAAGGAAGUUCUACAAGUGUCCAACGGCUCAGAAUUGCUGUUUCUUCAAAUGGUGUGACAAAGUAACCGACGAAGAUAUCAAAUUCCGUCCUGCCUUCACCAUCCCGAUUUGUUCCUGCGGUGCUGGACCUUGCCGGAGAGUUAAAGACGUUUCCGGUAGAGCUUACCUGAUAUGCUGCAUCAAAAAGGGAUUUGGAGCUUGUGGAUUCUUCAAGUGGGAAGAUGUUGAGAUGAUUCCUAGUUGUGAUGUUAUGGAUGAGAUUGAUUUUUGGGUUGAAGCUGAUCAAAUUUUGAGUGAUGUUGAGAGUAGCUUACAGGCUCGUGGUGGUGUUAUACCGGAAAUUGCAAACCAAAUGGCAUCAGAGAAAGAAUGUCAAGCUUCUGUUAGUGGUAUAGAGGAUGAUUGUGUAGUAGAAUGUCAAGAUUCUGUUAGUGCAGAGGAUGAUUCUACAUUAGAAAAUUUGGAUUCCAUUUCAAUGUCUGUUUCUGAUGUACACUCUACUGCUCUGAACCAAGGUACUUCACUUAUGGACAAUUUUGAUUCUAUUAAAGUAUUAUGCUUGGAAUACACUUUUUUGUUCUUUGAACUCUUAUGCUAUUUACUAGGUAUCUCUCUGUUUGAUCCGGUUACGAGCGAACCUGAAGAGCCAUGGAAAAAGACUCAGAAUGGUGAUCAGCCAACAAAUAGUGCUCUUUCUAAGUUGAGUGUGGAUGAAGCGAUGAGUGAUUUGAUCAGAGAUACGGUCUCUAGUGGUUCUGUUGUGAUACAUGGAAGGACAAACCAUGAGCAACCUGAAAUUGAUGGAGCUGAGUGGUCAUUCCCUUGCUUGCAGAACCUAAUUGAUCAGUACAACUCAGAGAAGCUUCAAUUGGAGAGUAUUUCAGGGAAACAUGUACAAAUGUUGAGUGAAUUUAUGGCUUCGUACAGGCGACUAAGGUUACUUCAUGAGAAAACUAGUCAUCUCAGGAAAACUUUACUUGAAACAGAGAAGGAGAUGGUUUGUUGUGAAGCUGAGACAUUAAAAUUUGGAGCAAGUUGCAGGGAAGUGGCUGGAGAAAUGGCUGAGUCUCAGAAGAGGAUGCAGGAAACUGCAGAUAAACUAGGAAAAGAAGUAGAAGUGUUUAAGCAAAAUGAGUUUGUUGGUCUAAAGAGAAGAAGAACCUGAGCAUUUGCAUAUUAGUGCCCUUGCAAGUGUUGGAAGGUAAUUAUCUUUUAUUUUAACUCGGCAAUUCCAACAUUUUACACUUCUUCAUCGGAUAACGUGUAUAGACUAGUUAGAUUAAUGGAUUAAUUGAUAGGUGACUGCAAAGCUCGUGCCCCUAAAUUUUCUCCCAUGUCACCUUCAGGUUUAGAUGAGCCAAAAGCAGACAUACUUUGUUUUUAACUUUUGAAUGUGGUUGAGAAUUAUGAAUCUACUUAGUGCGCUCAUCACAUGGUCGUUUGAUUAAAAGAGUAAUUAGAUUUAAGUAA